UGAAGCGGCUGUGGAGCUAAGCUGGGACGGAGCCGCUGAGCUCAGAACAACACUGCUGGAGUUUGGACCGACAAGUCCACCAAAGUCCCGCUCCCGUGUGGUUCCUGCAACCUGUUGCCUUGGUGUCGUCGCCUCGGAAACUUUGUGACCCCUCUUCAAGAAGGUUAUGGACCACUAAACCAGGUGUUGAACAACCCUCCUCGGAAACUUCUCAGCGAGCCGUCCAGAUCCUUCACAGCCGCCACCUGACCAGAACCAUGGGCAAGCAGAACAGCAAGCUGCGUCCUGACGUCAUGCAGGACCUGAUGGAGAACACAGACUUCACAGAGCACGAGAUCACAGAGUGGUACAAGGGCUUCCUGCGGGACUGCCCCAGCGGCGCCCUCUCCAUGGAGGAGUUCAAGAAGAUCUACGCCAACUUCUUCCCUUACGGCGACGCCUCAAAGUUUGCCGAGCACGUCUUCCGCACCUUUGACGCCAACGGGGACGGCACCAUUGACUUCAGGGAGUUCAUCAUCGCCCUCAGCGUCACGUCACGCGGCCGACUGGAUCAGAAGCUGAAGUGGGCCUUCAGCAUGUACGACCUGGACGGCAACGGCUACAUCAGCAAGGCGGAGAUGCUGGAGAUCGUCACGGCCAUUUACAAGAUGGUUUCCUCUGUGAUGAAGAUGCCCGAGGACGAGUCCACACCAGAGAAACGCACUGACAAGAUCUUCCGACAGAUGGACACAAAUCGUGACGGAAAACUGUCUCUGGAGGAGUUUGUGGAAGGAGCCAAGAACGACCCGUCCAUCGUCAGGCUGCUGCAGUGUGACCCCAGCAGCGCCGGACAGUAGAGGCACCGGCCGCUUCCACCCAGAUUGUCGAUGUCUGAUCUAUGAUCUCCGCGUGCAAGCACUGGCGCUCCACUGUACAUACUGCAGAUACCAAAGCUUGAUGCAUAUGUCAGACGCUGGCCCCAGGCGUCAGGCUACAGAAAUAACUCAUCAAAGACUUUUAGACUUAUGAGGUACAGUCCAAGUUGUUUUAUCGUUAAGCUCAAAGGGAGUCCUUGUCCUGCAACAGGGAGAGAUCCAAGUAUUUGCAGUCUCACUUAAAUGAAGUAUGCUAGACGACUCAGUAUGACGGAAAUAAUAUCAGCGCUUUUCAUUUCGUCCUGAAGAACUUUAGAUGCCGUGAAAGCUUUGACUUUCCUUUUUUUAACGUGUUUGGGAGGAGUGUUACAGCAGUUUUUAAGUGAAGGAGACGGCCUGGUGUGUUCUCCUGGAAGUGACUUUUUAUGUGUUGCGAACGCACACUUGACAAAUGCAUGUUCACAAAACUGUUAUUUUAAUUUCCUGUUUAUGACUCGACAAAUGUUAAAAAUAUAAAAUAGAUGGAUGUGCUUUCACACGUAACAUUGUGGGAAGGUUUUAAAUUUGUGUCAUUUAAAUUAUUGGAUUUGUCUUCUUUUACUUGACGAUAAGAACAUUGUACGAUAUAUUCAUUGAUAUUUAUACUAGGAAACUUUUUUUUUUUAAGGAGAGGACCACGUUUAUCGCUUUCCAUUUUUUGGUACGAGCAGCUUACGUCUCUCUCUGUCAGCUGUGGGAAAGUGUCGGUGGUUGUUCUCAGGAAGGAGGUGCAGCUGUGAAAACUGUCAAUGUCAUAUCUGUAACGUGCGCUUUUGUGUAACGCCCCCGGGACAUCAGUUCAAAACUAUCACUGUAGGUUGGGUGAUGCCGUGAUCAGCCCUUGUUAGCAUCGGACGACAACAAAAACAAGCAAUGUGAAAGUCAACUGCCACCUUAUUAUCCUGUCGCACAUUUCAUCCCUCUAGCAUCUCGUGGUCCAGUGCCAAAUCUAGACGGUUAUAACCCAAAAAAUAGAAGACAGUAUUGUAUCCACUUUGUUGUAUGGCUGAUUCCUGUCGAACAAAGAAAAAAACCCUUCAUUUUGUAGAUUUUCUAUUGUUGAAACUGAGACGUGUCCCAUGUAGGAUCUCCAUUUUGUUGUUCCAAUAAAGACAGAAUGGAUAAAAA